ACCUGCAUUCUUCUCCACCAUCAACAUCCUUCACCUACUUACAAAGUUACACUUCAGUCCCAACACAACUCCAAAUAGACCAGCCACCUAGUUCUUAUACAUCAAAAGUAGGUCCAACAUGGCCUGGAUGCCUCCUCAAAGAAGUUCCUUCAUUCCCCAAAACCAUUUCGUGCCACCUUUCCUGCCAGCUCCGCACUUUGGGCCAGCUGUCUUACCACCUAUGGCUAUGUCCCCCAUGGAUAUGCCUUACAUGGUAAAUCCUCCACCGAUACCCUUCAGGCAAAGUCCUGUCCUCCCACUCCCACCAUUUCACCCAUAUUCAAGAUUCAACACUGGAUUUAUCUCUCCGACCCAGCCAUCUCUUCCUUUUGGUCAAAAUCUAUACAGCUGGUCACAACAACGCCCAGUCCGCAGCGUCAACAAUGCUACAGCUUCUGCCUCACAGUCUCCUUUUUGGAGGCCGAUCCGCGUCCGCAUCGCAGACAACCUCUUCCGCAACAACACAGACAGCCUCACCCGAGCAGGUCUCACCGCCCUCAUCGAAGGAUAUAACAGCCAAGUAGAUCCCCGAGAUGUCGUCAAGAUUGAGCAUCCCACCGAAGCGGACAAUAAUAUCGAGGCUGCGAUUAUGCGCAUUGAUGUUCUCCAGAGAGCUCUGAAAGAUGCCUCAAAGUUGGAAGAUGAUCUAGACGACGCAUUAUGGGACGCAGAAGAUAGCCUGUUAAAAGAGCAAUGCCUUUCGAAGAUCGAAACGGCAACGACCUUGCUGAUCGGUGCCCAGAAACUGUCAGACAUGUUGCAGGAGUGGCUCAUGGCAGAGUUACAAGGACCACAAAAGGUGCAUGACUCCACGGAAGUGUUUGGUGAGAUCGGGCAGAGGGCCAAAGAGAUCGAGGAAUCCUGGGUUGGAAGGAGCAGGAAGAUAUUUUCUCAGGUCUCGCAGAUGUGGGGGGAGGAUUUGUCAGAGGAAGGGGCAAUGGCACAACUGAAGCACACUGAUGGUGACUCCAGGGCAGAUCAAGAGCAGGGCUGAGACGAUGCGCUUUCUUUAGCUGGGAUGAUCGCUUUACCCAGCCUUGUCAUCUGCCAGACAGUCAUGCUAGAUACUCUCGAUAUCAUAGGAUCCGGGGAGAUCCGCAGGCGUAUCCCGGGCUGUGUCCUGUAACAUGGGUGCGUGAUGACUUGUCAGAACUUUGUUGCCUGGAGUGGUGAGAGGGAAGCGAUGGGAGAGGUCAACAAGAUGAGGCGAUGCACUUGGCGAAUCGUCACGUGGCUAUGCGGUCGGAUGGAACGGCAGAGCCCUUAAAGGGCUUAGCUUGGCUUUGAUGUCUUUAGCGAGCUGAGCUUUGGUGACCAUAGUAAGAAGCACCUGAAGUCUUCAAAAGCACAGACAGAGAUGCCGGAUAUUGUCUUCGUUGAGGCUGAAAGCUCCAAGAGCAAGGUUAACGACAAGGGUAAAGCUGUAGACUGCGAGGAGUAGCGGGAAUGGGGUUCUGUAGAUAGCAAAGCGUCGAGCUAGCCUUUCUAGUCAACUGUUAAACUAGUCCUCGAUGAGCAAUCCUUUCGGACAGGAAGUUCCCACUGGUAAAGUGAUAGGAUGCGUGACAUGAAUAUAUCUGAUUUGAGAAGAGAAAGUCCGAUUCCGAGGAAAUGCUACGAGUUG